AUGGAAGCCGAAAUUGGACCAACCGAAAAACAAGAAAGACCACCAGAAGAAAGCCAAACACCAAAUCUCGAGGGAAAAUCGGAGAUAAUAAAUGGUCAAACUCCUCUCAUCCUCAAUAACGGUAACGAUACGGAUACAGGUAACUCGCUAAAUAAAGAAGGCCACAAACCUAAUAAGAAGCCCAAAAAACGUAAACCAAAAGUACCUAGAGAUGAAACUGCUCCUCGCCAACCACUUACAGGUUAUGUAAGGUUCUUAAAUGAACGUCGAGAUCAGCUUAGAGCUGAGCAACCAGAGCUUGGUUUUGCAGAAUUGACUAGACAAUUAGCUAGUGAAUGGAGCAAAUUACCAACAGAAGAGAAACAACAUUAUUUAGAUGCAGCUGAUCAAGAUAAGGAAAGAUAUGUGAAAGAAUGGGCUGAAUAUAAAAAGACAGAUUCAUAUAAAGAGUUUCGGAAACAACAAAUGGAACAAAAGGAUACAAGUAGUGCCAAGAAAAUUAAGCAAGGUGCUCCAAGUAACGAAACUGCUGCAGCUAAUGCAGUAGGACCAAAUAUAGUAGUGGAUCAAACAACGCCAAUACCAAAUACUGCAGUUCCCACAACAGGGAGUUCAUCUCGUCAACCAACACCACCAAGACCUAGACCAUGUGUGACACCAGCUUCAGGAGAAGAUCUAGGAGAUACCGACAUACCUAUAUUCACAGAGCAAUUCCUGCAACAUAAUAAAUUGAGAGAAUCCGAAUUGCGACAGCUAAGGAAGGCUAAUUCUGAUUUUGAACAACAGAAUGCAACACUUCAACGUCAUGCUGAAGAAGUUAGUGCAGCAACAUCGAGACUCCGAGCGGAGACGGCAGCAGCCGCAGAACGUACAGCAGCCCUCGUCGCACAUCGCAAAGCUCUUGUUGCUGUGCUUGUUAACGCCUUACAGUCAACUGUCCUACCUCUAUCUGGUGGACCCUCGGGUGCAACAGAAAAUAACAUAGAUGAAUACAUGGACAAAUUGCAAAGUUUGGUCACUGAAAAUAAAAAUAACACAUUGGUGAAACAGGCUCUGGAGAAUCUUAACUAUGUGUCCAAUCACCUUCCAUUAACACCUGUAGGCUAA